CAGUUUCGUAGCUUGAGUGCAGCCCCUCCUCCACUUCAAAACACUUUCUUCAUCUUCCAUCUUUCUCUCCAUUGACCAUACCACGACCAACUCUAGUCGACUGAUCACCAACCUCGACCGUGUCUUUUACUUCAUAACUCCUGUCGCGCAAGACCAGAUUAAUACCAGACAUCGCAACCCAGAUACCCCGACACAAUGGCCAAGCGCAAGUUGAACGAGACGGACGAGCCGUCGAUUGUGACCGAGCCCCAGACCCAGAAGAAGACCAAGAAGUCCUCAACCGAGAAGAAAGAAAAAAAGGAGAAGAAGUCCAAGUCGCAGGAUGUCAAGCCACAGGAGGAGGAGCCCGAGACCCAAGAAGAGCAACAACAAACCGAGGAGGAGCAGCAGCUCGAGCAACAAUUAAAGGAUGAGCAAAAACAACAAGACGAAAAGGACGAGAAGAAGAAGAGCCAGAAGGACCAGAAGAAGGACCAGAAGGACGACGCCGAACUGACCUUCUCCGACCUGGGUCUCGACCCCCGCCUCGUGCAGGCCGUUGCGAAACAGAGCUUCGAAAAGCCGACGCUCGUUCAAAGGAAGGCGAUCCCGCUUGCGCUGGCGGGCCAGGACGUGCUGUGCAAGGCGAAGACGGGAUCGGGCAAGACGGCGGCGUAUGUGUUGCCUGUGCUGAGUGGCAUUCUUAAGAGGAAGGCUACCGACCCAACACCCUUCACCUCCGCCCUCAUCCUCGUUCCCACGCGCGAACUCGCCGACCAAGUCCACAAAGCCAUCGACGCCUUCUCUGCCUUCUGCACCAAGGAUAUCCAAUCCGCCAAGCUGACCGACAAUGUGUCCGACGCCGUCCUGCGCUCCCUCCUCGCCAACGCCCCCGACGUGAUCGUCUCCACGCCCGCCCGCGCCUGGCACAACAUCGAGUCCGGCGCUCUCAGCGUCGCCAAGCUGCAGUACCUUGUGCUCGACGAGGCCGACCUCGUCUUGUCCUACGGCUACGACGAAGACAUGGAGAACAUUGCCCGCUCGCUGCCCAAGGGCGGUGUCCAGACCACCAUGAUGAGCGCCACUCUGGUCUCGGACGAGCUCGACACGCUCAAGGGAUUUUUCUGCCGCAACCCCACCAUGCUGGAUCUCAAGGAGGAGUUCAGCGCCGAGGACGAGAAACUCACCCAGUUCUACGUCAAGUGCGGCGAGGACGACAAGUGGCUUAUCAGCUACCUGAUCUUCAAGCUGCAGCUGAUCAAGGGCCCUUGUUUGGUGUUUGUGGCGGAUAUCGAUCGCGCGUACCGCUUGAAGCUGUUUUUCGAGCAGUUUAGCAUUCGCAGCUGUGUGCUGAACUCGGAGCUGCCGAUUAAUACGCGGAUCAAGAUCAUUGAGGAGUUUAAUAGGGGUAUUUAUGAUAUUAUCAUUGCUUCGGAUGAGAGGAGCGAGGUUUUCUUGGAGGAUGAGAAGACCGAGGAGAAGAAGGAGGACGGUGAGGAGAAGAAGAGCGGCAAGGGAAAGAAGAAGAAGGGCAGGAGGGACCAGGAGUAUGGUGUUUCGCGAGGCAUCGACUUCAAAAAUGUCGCCGCCGUCAUCAACUUGGACAUGCCCACUUCUUCCUCCUCUUACAUCCACCGGAUAGGCCGUACCGCCCGCGCCGGCCGCGCCGGUAUUGCUCUGUCCAUGGUCGUCCCCCACGACCUCUUCGGCAAGCACAAGCCCACCAGCAUCAAGCAGUGCGAGAAGGACGAGAAGGUUCUGGCCAAGGUCAUGCGCCAGCAGGCCAAGCUCAACCGCAAGCUGGAGCCGUACAACUUUAACAAGGACCAGAUGGAGGCUUUCCGUUACCGCAUGAACGAUGCCCUCCGCGCCGUAACAAAAGUCGCCAUCCGCGAAGCCCGCACCCGUGAACUGCGACAAGAACUCCUGCGCUCCGAGACGCUCAAGCGCUACUUUGAAGAGAACCCCAACGAGCUCUCGCACCUGCGCCACGACGGCGAGCUGGGCACCAAGAUGCGCCAGCAAGCCCAUCUCAAGCACGUGCCCGAUUACUUGCUGCCCAGGGACGGGAAGAACGCCCUAACCGAGAGCCAGGUCGGGUUCGUGCCGUUUAGGAAGCAGGGCGACGAUAAGAAGUUGAGGGGGAAGAAGGGCGCUAAGGGUGGGAAGGGCGGUCAUGGGAAGUAUAAGAAGGGGCCGGGGGGGAGGAAGAAUGUGCUGAAGACUUUUAGGGUUAGGAAGUAGAGGCGUGGAGGUCUAGGGUGAGGGAUGGGAGGGAGAGGAGGGGGGAGGUAACUGGGCGUCUG